UGGAAGCGCUGCGCCAGAUCGGGCAGCUGACUGACCUCUACACCACCUUGAAGGAGCAGAUAAACUACCUGGAGCAAUUCAAGUGUAGCCACGCCGACCUCAACAAGCUGCGACAAUUCCUCUCGGAUGCAGUCCCUAAGAACCUCUCCAGCAUGCCUGCUGACCUCAUGGACCAGCUGUCUUCCCUGAAGGCCACGGCAGAAGACAUGAAAGAUGUAAAGGCCAAGGUAAGGAAGCUGCAGAAUGUCCUUGAAGCAGAGGUGGCAACAGAAGCAGAUCAGAAAGUGGAGGGAUCCAGUCAGAUUAACCUGCAGUUAGGUUACCUCAGAUCGACAAUGCAUGACAUAGAGAAAGAGCUGCAGGAGCUGAGGGAGCAGCAGGAUCACGGCAAGGCCAAGCUGGAGCAGUCGGUGACUGACACAGCCCUCUACCUGCAGGAACAGUUAGACAAGCUUAGAUCUAUCAUAGAGAACAUGAUGGCCUCCUCCUCCGCCUUGCUAUCCAUGAGCAUGCCCACUAGCCCGGAGCCUGGGGAGGCAGCGCCGGAUGGCACAUGCCCGGCCUGCAGCCUAGACGUCAGCGAGCAGGUUAGCCAGCUGUUCAAACGCUACGAACAGCUGCAGGAUUUAAUUAGCAGCUUCAUGAGGAGGCAUGCGGAAAGCAAGCCAGCAAAGAGGCCGCAGCUGAGGAGCCAGGAUGAAGAGCUGCUGAGUCGCAUCCAAAACACCAUCCUCCAGGUGCAAGGAGACUGUGAGAAUCUCAAUGCCACCACAGGGAAUCUCAUAGAAGACCAUCGGCAGAAACAGAAAGAUAUUGCUCUUCUCUUCCAGUCACUGGAGAAGUUGGAAAAGGAGAAAGCAGACAAGGAGCAUCUGGAGACAGAAAUUGACGUGAAAGCAGACAAGAUUGCCCUGGCUGGCAAAGUCAGCUGCACCCAGUUUGAUGCCACCAUGGAGCAGCUGAAUAAGAUGAUGCAGGAUCUGGUGAACAAGAUGAGCGGGCAGGAGCAGGACUGGCACAAAGUGCUCGACAAAAUCUUGAUGGAGAUGGACUCCAAGCUGGACCGCCUGGAAUUGGAUCCCUUCAGACAGCAGCUGGAAGAGCGUUGGAAGGCCAUCCGGAAACAGCUGAAGGAGAGGUCUCCCCAGUAUGAAGCAAACGAUGCUGCUGGAAUUAGGAAAAGACUGAUGGCUCAUUUCCACUGCAUUUCCUGCGACAGACCUCUGAAAAUGGUGGUGCCCGGCCCGACCAUCAUGACCGUACCCUCCGUGCCGGGGUUACCAUCUCACCGCUCCAUCCGGCCCUACACCGUCUAUGAACUGGAGCAAGUCAGGCAGCACACCCGCAGUCUGAAGUUAGGGCUUAGCCCCUACCCUCGCUUGGAUGCGCUCCAGCUGGAGAAGAGCGCGGGCCUUGGCAAGCUGCGCAGCAUCCACUCCAAGAUGCUCAUGGACAUAGAGAAGGUGCAGAUCCACUUCGGGGGCUCGGCAAAGGCCAGCAGUCAGAUGAUCAGGGAGAUAAUGCAGUCGCAGUGUCUCAGCCCAGACCAGUAUAACAAACGUGACAAGAUGGCGGAGAUGGCGGAAUACGGUUACCUGUCCAUGCCUCGGCGCUGCGGCGGCAGCCACACCCUCACUUACCCCUACAGGCGCUACACACGGCUGCAGCAAAUCGCCCAGUGUGUGCCGGUGCAUCCCGAGGAGACUGCCAUGCUGACAGUGAUGAAGCAUGAGGAGGUGGAUAUCCUGGGCCUGGAUGGACACAUCUACAAAGGGCGGAUGGACACUCGGCUCCCAUCAAUUUCAGUCAAGGAAGGUCCUUUGAAGACCAAACCCAAGCUCUCCCGGUCUUCAUCACAACGGCAGUCGACCCUGAUGGACAGAGCUGGCCUCCCAGCACGCCCACAGAGCGCCAAACUGUCUUCCCCCAGCAAUUCAGGUACAGCUAGGUCGCUAAAGGACAGGCCCGUGUCAUCAGAGGGUCGACUGUCCCGGGUGGACCUGACCCAUCUAUCAACCUCAACAUCUCCCCCUGGGGAGGCAAGAGAGGAUUCUCCCAUGCAGGAGAAAGAAACGCUAGAGCUUCACCUGGACCUUUCCAUGCGCCGGCGAUCGGCUGAGCAGUUACAGUGACUGCAAUGGCAGGAAAGCAGCGCUCGCUGACGGAAGCCAGGCAAUAAAGAGUGAGCAGAACAGAGAGGAGGCUGUGUACAUGUGUCGCGGCGAUAGGAACAGGGAGCUUUUUGUGCGGUGCCUGCGGCAAACAGGACCCAGGGCUGUUCCACGCAGCAGCACUGUUAAAAGGAGGAGGUGGGCAGCACGUUCAUUCAUGAAAAUGGUUCAUCCCUGGCCUUUGCAAAUCCUCCCCUCGCUGCUGCUAGCUUUGCCUGAGUAGAUUUUGCAAAUACCAGAUCUUCUGCAUAAGCCAGUUUGACACCGGCUCAUUUCAGCCCCAGGGAUCUUGUACUGUCCUUUGUAUCACAGAGCCCGACGCACCUCAUGUGCAUGAAGGGGGAUCUUUGAAACCGGACUAUGGUUGACUUGUUUGAGUGAAAAGCACCAGGGCAGAAUGCAGCCCAAAGUUCUCCCCCCACGGCCAACUGUCCUCCUCGGUGGAGAGCUGUGGCUCGACACGGGGCCCUAAGUAGCUGCUUGGAAUGCUGCAUGCUGGGAUCUGUAGUCUUCAUAAGCUGCACCUUAGUACUGAAGAGGAGGGUAGGCUACAGUCUGCUCUAUUCUGUACACCUGGGCGGUGGCCCUUGGGGAGCCCCCUAGCAAACAACUAGUGCGGCCCUCAUGCGGGAAAAGCCUGAACUCCGUAUCAAGUAAGGACUGGUCCCUCUAGAAGUCAAAUCAGGGUUUGUGGGGCAGGCAGGGAGGGGAUUGUGCACCAGGGUAGCUGCCUCCGCUCUGCCCUUUCCCAACCCCUUCCCACCGUGCUUGAUCCAGCAUGGGCUUCUUGCAGCUGUGCUCAGACUGGAAUUGGCAAGAGAGGUUUCUAAGCAAGGGGCUAUGUGCUUUGUCUUUCCUACAGCAGGGCAGUGCCUGUGCUCCAGGAGUCAUUAGAAAAGAAUCUGGUGCUCUGUCGUUUCCUCAUCCAGUGCACACAAAGGCCUCUCUGAUCAGAACUGCUCUUUCCCCCGCACAGGUCUUUGCUUCCCGGAACGCCUGGCCCUCGGAUUGGGGGACAAGAUGAAGGGCGCCCGCCCCAGCUAAUGUAAUCUAAACUUCCCAGCCCUUUGUUUUCUUUUGUCGGUGAGGAGGAAGGGAGGGAGGAAGGUGAUAGUGCUGAGUGAUUUGAGGAGGACGGGUGGCCAGUGGAAAAGGCAGAAGACUGAAUGUCAAAGCCAGGUUCAAUUCUUCGCUCUGCCACUGACUCACUGUGUGACCUUGGGUGGACCCCUCCGCUCCUGUACGCCUUCAUUUCCACCAUCUGUAAAAGUCCCUGUUGUGAGGUCUACUUCAUCCAUGCAUGAAGCCCCUUGAGAUCCCUUGAUCUGUGGAGCUGUACAAAUGCAAGGGAAUACUAUGAAGGGUUACAAAUAAUUCCAAAGCCGGGGAGACAGAUGUCUAGAAAACAGACAAGAAAACCCCACCUUUUAAUCCUCCUGGCUUGCAUCUAGGUUCUUGCACUAUUGUCCCCAUUCCUUGAUUCAGUCUCAUGCACUUUUUGCCUGCUGCAUUUAACCUAGCUGCCUGCUUUUCAUUUUCAUCCUCUCCAUGGCUCUGGUGCUGGUUUGAUCCUCAUUUGGAGCUAGCGUUGUGAGAGAGAGAGGACUCUUAUUCCACUUGCUUUAAUGCUGCCUUAGAGUGCCUUGGACUGCCCUAGCACAACAAGACAAACCAAAGUCCAGACGGCAGGUAGCAUUUCGUAGUCAAGGAAGGGCUGAGCAGUAAAGAUGCCACGAUGCAGCUUGAUUUCAAUUCUCUGCUCACUCAUACCUUUUGUGUGUCUGGCAAAGCCACAAGGCUUUCACUGGGGUAAGGGACAGCAGGUUUCAGCAGGCUGUGUUUAGAGAACUGUCAGUGUAACCAAUACUAGACAGGUCACAUGGCACAAUUAUUGUGUAAGUCCUCCUAACUGGGUUAGUAAUUACAUAGGCUUUGAUUAAUGCCCCGUAGCUACUUCCUUGCAUGCUCCCAACAUUGUUUUGUCGUUACACUUGGCCGAUGGCAUCUGUGGUGUGAUGUAGAUAUCAGAAAUCAUCACACGCGUGCAAUGUAACAUGACCCAUUGCCUGCCACCAACCCUGCAAAUAACCAAGACACGCUCCCAGUGAAUACAUGGCACAUGCUCUAAUGCCACUUGCCCUGUUACUCAAUGGCCAUCCCCUGGCACUUGUCUUAUGAACAUCCUGCCACUACCUCUUCUGUCAUAGUUGUUAACCUGUAAAUAUCCUGCUGCUGCAGUGUUUGCCCCUGUGAUGACGGUGGACGCUUCCCACGAGGAGGGACAGUUCAGGACCAUUGUCCCUGCAUUCUGAAAGCUCCUGCCAGUGCACAACGAAAGCAACAAUGUUUCUGUGAGGGGAAAACUUGAAUGAAGUUUAUCGUAUGGGCUGGCUCCAGCUCCCAUUACAGUCAAUGGCAAAACCCCCUUUGACUUGGAUGGGAACCAGGCUGGGCGCUGAAUGAUUUAAUGUGAAGGAUGUGACGGUGUGGAGCGGAGACCAGCUGGGAGAGGAGGGACCAGCAAGAGGGCCUUCGCAGGGGAAGAUUCACCCCUGUGCAGAGGGCCUGGACACAGCCUAUGCACCUCUCACAGGUAGGUCCCGUGGGAGCUCUAUUUUGAGGGUAUCUGUGGGGCUCAAGUGGUGCCUAGGCCCGGGUCUCUCAUGCCAAGUGGAUUAAACUUGGGCAAGUUUUGGCCCCACAUGUGCGACACGCCCACUGCAUGUGAACACGGUAUGUGACGUGCUUGGUGUAGGUCUCCAGUGUGUGGUAGUACAGUGUAACAUGCUGUCUGUUCUGUGUGGUUGACCCAGAGCCAUGCCAGGGUUGAAUCUGUCCAUAGUGGGCCGAGUUUUUGCCUUUCAUUAAUACCCCAUGCUGGACACCUGCUGGGCAUGCUGGCAGCACAUGGACGCUGCCUGGCGGCUGGCGACAAGCAUAUGCCAUGCACUGUAGGCAGGCGGCACACGUGUGCUGCACUCACGAGCCGUAUACUGCACGCCGGCCACACGUGCUGCAUGGUGGGUGGCUACAAAUGCUGCACGCUGCACUUACAGGCCAUGGACUGCCCAAGGCCUGCUGGCAGCACCGGUGCGGCUGGCUCUACGUGCUGCAUGCUGGUUUCCUGCAGUCACAUGGAGAUGACAGCAUCCUGCACGGUCCUGACAUUUAAAGUUAAAUUAACCAUAGAGAAUGAUACACCCCUCAGUCCUGUGUUCUCUGUGUAUACCCCCCACCCCCCAUGCCGAGGCCCGGUAACAACAGGGUGUUCCACAGGGAAUGUUGGAGGAGGAAUUCUUUACGGCCUCUUCUGCUCCAGCACCCUGGUGGAUCUCUGGAGAGCAGGGGCCACCCUCACCGUCCUCCCUUGGCCUGCUCCUGCCCCUGUCCCCAGGCCUCACUGUGAUGCUGUCUUCGCAAGCUCCCCAAGCCCUGUCUCUCCCCUCCGCUGCAUCAGGGGCUCUCCGUGCCUGCUGCGGAAGGGGCAGGAUGUACUCUGGAGAGAAUGCCAGUGCUAGCUCCGUGGAGUCCCAGCUGGUGCCAUGGCUGCCUACUGCACGUCCUGCACAGGCUGCGCUUGCCGAUGUGGGCGAGAGAGUCCGAGAGCAGAUCCGCAACACAGCUGUGACGGGCAGCUGGGAUCCGACAGCACCAGUUUGGCCCAAGCUUGAAAAGCGGCAAACACCUCGCUGCAUCCCAGGUGCGGGAACCCACCUGCUGUGCUGCCCCUCCCCACUGACUGUAGAGCCACUGAACUUGGGCUCUGGCCUUUGGAAACCAGCGACUUUGGAUGUACUGAAGCAGGCUAUUAAAAUAUUCUCUCCCACCUCCGUUGUAUCGUUCCCCAGGACGAGGGAGAACCUUUUGAAACAGACCAGUUUUAAGCAAUGUUUGCCUGACCCGCCUUUCCCGGGCUUGUCAAAGGAAUGAUCGUGACUUCUUAGACAUUAUUAACCACAUCAGAAGAGGUGGGUUUAUUUACUUAAAUAGCAUUGUAUGGGCCCUAACUAGUCAUUGCCGUGAGCUGUGCCUGCUUCUGCCAAUGGGAAAUUGCUCCUCAUAUGUUUGUUCAAAACAACUUAGGAUUGUUUUAUUGUCCUUGGAGUGAAGGGGGAGGAUGUGAACACUUCUGAUGUGAUGUGCUGCUCAAGCGGGUGUGUUCUAAUAUACUCGGAUCUGUACAGCUCCCUCGUUAAUUCACUCAUUCACACUUCACGAUGCAAAUUUCCCAUCUGAAAGAGAAUGCAACAUGUACAGGCUGCACUCACGGUUUCCACUAUGCGCUUCUUGUCUUGGCUGCUUCCAGUGAUGGGAUUAAGCAUUUUAGCCAAUGUGAGAGUAGUCGCUUAGCGCUUGUCUACACUACGGAUGCUAGAGUGGCAAAGCGUCAUAGUGUAGACACUUGCUUCAUCAACAGAAGGGGUUUUUCCAUCUGCAGUUAACCCACCCCCACCAACAGGCACUAGGUUGGUCGAUGCUAUGACGGGUUGUGUCACAGAAAUCCCCUUGGGACAGCCACCUGAUGUGCUGAGACUACCUCUGAGCCUAUUUUCCCUGCCAGCUUGGGACUUCAGUAUCCUGUCUUGUUGAGCCAGACACGCUAGCCUGCUGCAAACACAGACCCAGGUCUGAACCACGUCCCCAAAAGCUGCAGGCUUAACUGAAAACAGCUUAAGAAGUGCUUCUGUCUCCAGCACCUAGAUACCCAGUUCCCAAUGGGGUCCAAACCCCAAAUAAAUCCAUUUUACCCUGUACAAAGCUUAUACAGGGUAAACUCAUAGAUUACCCUCUAUAACACUGAUAGAGAGAGAUGCACAGUUGUUUGCUCCCCCAAGUAUUAAUACUUGCUCUGGGUUAAUUAAUAAGCAAAACGGGAUUUUAUUAAAUAUAAAAAGUAGGGUUUAAGUGGUUCCAAGUAAUAACAGACAGAACAAAGUAAAUUACCAAGCAAAAUAAAACAAAAACAUGCAAGUCUAUGCCUAAUACAGUAGGAAACUAAAUGCAGGUAAAUCUUACCCUCAGACAUAUUCCAAUAAGCUUCUUUCACAGACUAGAUGCCUUUCUAGUCUGGGCCCAAUCCUUUCCCCUGGUACAGUCCUUGUUCAAGCUCAGGUGGUAGCCAGGGGAUUUCUCAUGACUGCAGCCCCCUUUGUUGUGUUCCACCCCCUUAUAUAGCUUUGGCACAAGGCGAGAAUCUUUUGUCUCUUUGGGUCCAGACCCCUCCUUCUAAAUGGAAAAGCACCAGGUUUAAGAUGGAUUUCCAGUACCACGUGACAUGGUCACAUGUCUUGUGAGACCCCAAGCCUUCAUUCUUCCCAGCCUGACUCACAGGAAGGCUUGCAAGUAAACAGAGCCAUCUACAGUCAGUUGUCCUAGUUGAUGGAAACCAUCAAGAUUCUAAACCACCAUUAAUGGCCCACACUUUGCAUAACUACCAUAGGACCUCAGAGUUAUAUUCUAUAUUCCUAGUUUCAGAUACAAGAAUGAUACAUUCAUACAAAUACGAUGAAUGCACUCAGUAGAUAAGCUUUGUAAUGAUAACUUACAAGAGACCUUUUGCAUGAAGCAUAUUCCAGUUACAUUAUAUUCACACUUAUCAGCAUAUUUUCAUAAAAUCCUAUGGAGUGCAACGUCACAGAUGCAACCAGCAGUGUCUCUACUGUGGCUCAGGUCGGCUGAACUGCAUCUUUCAGGGUGUGAAUUUUUCACACCCGUGAGCAAAGUAGCUAGGUUGACCUAAGUUUUUGGUGUAGACCAGGUUGGGUGACCAGAUAGCAAGUGUGAAAAAUCGGGACGGGGGUGAGGGGUAAUAGGAAACAAUAUAAAAAUAAGCCCCAAAUAUUGGGAUUGCCCCUAUAAAAGCAGGACAUCUGGUCACCCUAAGACCAGGCCGUAGACUGUCUGUCAGUCUCUGGGAUUUGCAAGCAGACAGGCAAUAGUUACUUCUCCAGAGAUCUGUAGCCAGAGAUACACAGGCCCUAAUGCUGGUCCCUUUGAAAUCAGGAAGCUGGGCAAAAAUGUUAAAUGAAACCUAAAACUAGGUGCCAUUUGCCUGGUUUCUUGUUUCGUUACAGAGCCAAAGCUGGGACCAGAUACCCACAAACCUUCACUGGAGUGUCCUAAAGCUAGUUAAACUGGGCAGAGUGCUCAGUGAGGCCAGGCCUUGAUGCUUCUGGUGGUGGGGCACUGCCCCCAAGAAAGAAAAUGCCGUCAACUUGAAAUAAAUGUACCGCCAUCUCAACUCUGUGUGCUACGUACAGUGGUAAAGCUCCUCCACCGGAAGCAUCAAUGGAAAUCAACUGCUUCAGGAACCCAGGCUGCAGCCUGCACAUGUGUAAUUUCCAGUAGGAGGUGCUGAAACAGCAGGAGACGAUCGCUGCCUGUCCUCACAGCUUUGCUAAUGCUGUCUGAACUGCUGGAAGUUACUGAGCACGUGGUUGGCUAUUGGGAGCUGCCGGGCAAUAGGUCUAGAGCAAAGCUCGUUUCACGCUGUUUCAGCCCAAAUCCAGGCAAAAGAUGAGGGUUUCAGCUGAGUUUUUGGGGGAGUUGUUGGGCCCUACUUCGCAGCAUGCGGGGGAGGAGGAGAAUUUGUUUUACAGAAACUGUAAACUUUUGGUAGCUUCUCCCUGAGAAGAUGAAUUGUUCUGAAGUUUAUCACUUAUCCUAAAGGCUGGUGAAAUUCUGAUCUGUCAACCCUUUCUUUCGACUUUGCCUCUUACAAAACAGCCCAUGCUGCUUCCCUCCCCCCCACCCCACCCCACACACGCACAGCUGAAAGCCAAAGCUUUGCUAGGUUGGAACGGAAGAUGGGGCUUAUCUUUCUUUGCUUUUAACCAAGAAUCCUGGGUUGUGGCAGCUAAUGCAACAGUAACUAUCAGCCCAAAGAGUCAGCAGCCUUGUUGCAACAUGGUUUCCUGUCUUUAGAAAAAGAAACUAACCCCCUACUCUGUUCUGGGGAGGGCAUGAGGUUGGAUUUCUUGUUUCCCUUGCUGUUGCUAUCACUUUGCAUAUCCUCCCUCUCACCCUCAUUUGCCUUUCCAAGCUCCCUUUGCCGCAAAUUGCCAACCGACGCCUCCCUGCUUCAUUUCAAAAGAGCUCUGGAGUGUGCUGAGGCUAUUGCACCACUCAAGCUGGGAACACCCUGUUACCUUUGGAAAGGCAUCCACAGGGCAACCACUGGCACGAUGAGUAACACAAUGGGGGGAUGUGGCUUUUGCCACCCUCUUUAGGUGAAGAUUCAGCACCAGAAUGGAGAUAGGCAGUGGCAAAAUGCUUCCCCUCUUCAAUGGCUGCAACAUGCUGUCUGCAGAUGGGACAUCAAACCCAGCUUGGCCCAUCUGGGACCCAUUCUGCUUUCCCUAAGAAGAGGGCUGAUAACCCCAGUGUCCUGGUCAAACGGAAAUUGGGGUGAUUACAUUCUAUCACCCUAAAUUCCCCCCCCCCCCACAGCUUCAGCGAACAGAAAUAGGGUUCUUGGUACUUUUUGCUCUGAACCACCAUGAACCUGCAGCUGCCUUCCACCCUAGAGGUGGCUGCAUUUCAGUGGUGGGCUGGAGUGUGUGGGGGUGUGUGAGAGAGAGAGAGAACUGCGUCGAGACAUGCACAUCCUAGAAGGGCCUAAGGUGCAAAGUUUAGUGGAAUGUAGUGCCAACCUCCUCCAACAUUUAGGGAUAACGACAAUAGGUCAAGAGGCUCAGGUAGACCCACUCCCUCUGACAUCUUCCCCCUCCACCUCGUUGUGAACUCAGUUGGCGGGGACUGCCUGUUACUUGGCUCUACAGCUAGCCCUGAUCCUUCGCUGGGGCUCCUGCAUCAAUCUACUGAGCCUGGUCCAGUCCCAUUGUUCCACAGUCUGUGUCUCCAUGGGAUUGACAUCAGGAGAAGGGAUCGGAGGAAAACCACCUCCGAGCAGGACUCUGGUUGCUCCCCACCCUGUCUCGCACUGUGCUAAUCCUGGCCAACCCAGAGGAGUUCUGAGUGCAAACCUGGCAGCACCAAGGCUUAAGUCAGGCUCCUCAGACUUUCUUGUCAACUGCUGGAAAUGGCCCACCUUGAUUAUUACUACAAAAGGUCCCCCCCCGUCCGUCCCCCCCCGCUCUCCUGCUGGUAAUAGCUCACCUUAAGUGAUCACUCUGGUUACAGUGUGUAUGGUAACACCCAUUGUUUCAUGUUCUCUACGUAUAUAAAUCUCCCCACUGUAUUUUCCACUGAAUGCCUCCGAUGAAGUGAGCUGUAGCUCACGAAAGCUUAUGCUCAAAUAAAUUGGUUAG